GUCCCCGGCGCCGCCCGUGACCCGGCCCGGCCCGCACCCGCCGCCCCAGCACUGACGGCGAGGGAGUCUGACGCCUGCUGACGCCGCUGCCCCGGGCCGGCCCCGCCAGGACAGGCUCCAUGCCUCAUGUCCGAACAGAGCUCUGCCAAGGACGGCGAGGCCAAGCCGGCCCCCGCGGCCCCCGUGGCCAAGGCGGACCCCAGCGGCGUCCAGCUGGUGCACGGGCUCGCCGAGAAGGAGGGCGUGGUCGAGGCGCCCACUGACAUCGCCAUCGAGGGCACCAAGCUGCUGCGGCUCCCCGACCUCACGUGGAAGAACUACGGGAACCCGCCCAACAAGCUCGUCAUCACCAACACGGGGCACACGGUGAACGUGGGCGGCAAGUGGGAGAGCAACAGAUCGUACCUGCGCGACGGCCCCUUCAAGGGCCAAUAUGUCUUCGCGCAGAUGCACUUCCACUGGGGGCCCGGCGACGACACGGGGUCGGAGCACAGCGUGGACGGGGUCAAGUUGCCAAUGGAGCUGCACGUCGUCCAUAUCAAUCGAAUAUACCGUACCCAGGAGCUAGCUCUCAAGGAGAACGACGGCGUAGCUAUUCUGAUAUACCUUUUCCAGCUCCAGGAGCAGAACAAUUCGGACCUGACUCCUAUCGUGGAGGCCCUGCCCAUGGUCACACUCCCACAGACGUCCACGACAAUCGACCCGAUGGCGAUCGAGAAGCUCAUCGUGCCUUUCCAGAAGGACUACUUCCUGUACUGGGGAGCGGUGUCAUCCCCGACCUGCAAACACCGCAUUCUCUGGCUGACAUGUCGCACUCCGCUGGGCAUCAGUUCCGACCAGCUCGCCCACUUCCGCCAGAUCCGUGACGUCAGCGGACAGUUCAUGGUGAAGAACUUCCGCGAGACACAUCCGCGGAAGUCGUACACGCUAUUCCACGUGAAUCCCUCCUCGAAGCUGGAAAGCACUCUGCUGGCGCCUUUCCCCGGCCAUGCUCUAGCCGGCUCCGGGCGGCCCUCGGAGGCCGAGGAUGGCAGCAGAAGAGUGUCCGGGGAGGCGGGGAGGAAGAGGGGCUCGGGUGAGCAGGGGGCGGCCGGCGAGCGGCCCAGGGGCGACAGCGGGGGCGAGCACUUCGAGGUCGCGCCCACCGACGACGGCUACAAGUCGCUCGAGGGGACGGUACUGCAGGAGAGCUCCCAACAGGACGGGCUGUCCCUCGACCGCGUCGGAUCGGGCGCGUUGGGAGAGGACGGAGACGCGGAGGGAGGUGCGUCGCUCGAGUGCAAGGCGAGCCACGCCGAGUCCAUCUGCAUGGAAGAUGUGGACGAACAGCACCGAAGGAAGUUCAGCCUGGACGUCCAGGACGGCGGCCUCGAGAGAGUGUCCGAGCGUCCCAGUGCCCUCGAGAGGGCGAGCGGAUUGGGCGGCAGCGGCAUCGACAUCCACAUCGUGGCGCCGGAUGGGCUGGACACACAGGAGGACGGAUACGCGCCCACACCAGCGCCGGCAGCCGCCAGGGAAAGCACCGGGGCCCCAGGGGAAGCCGUUGUACCUGGUGGCCCUGCUCCAACAGGAGAACGUGCAAGUGCAGCAGGCGUUCAACCUGGAGGCCCAACUCCACCAGGGGUACGUCCAAGCGCGGCAAGUGCACAGCCUGGAGGUCCUAGUCCUGUAGGUGAGCGUUCGAGCGCAGCUGGUGCUCAGCCUGGAAGUACGAGUCCAGUAGGAGGCCGUGCAAGCGCAACAGCUACUGGCCCUGAAGGCGCUAGUCCAGCAGGAGAACGCCCAAGCGCAGCAGGCGCUAAGACUGAAGGACCCAGUCCAGUAGGAGGACGCGUAAGCGCAACGGCCACUGUGCCUGGAGGUCCUAGUCCAGUAGGAGGACGAGCAAGCGCAACAACCACUGUACCUGGAGGCCCUGGCCCAGUAGGAGGACGAGCAAGCACAACAGCCACUGUGCCUGGAGCCCCUAGUUCAGCUGGAGAACGUCCAAGCGCCGCGGGCGCUCAGCCCGAAGGCUCUGCUCCGGCAGGUGCAAGUCCCAGCGUAACAACCGGUGCACCUGGAGCGACACCAGCUUCAAGACCAAGCGCAGCAGCAGCUGUUCCCACAGGCUCCGGAGCGGCAGCGGCAAAAUCGAGCUCAGGAGUCGCUGUAUCUGGAGGCCCAGCUGGUGCAAGACCAAGUGCUGGAUCCGCUCUGCCCGGUGGCACUGGUCCAGCAGCUGCAAGUCCAAGCGCAGGAAUCGUUGGGCCUGGGGGACCCGGGACAGCCGCUACACCCGGCAGUCCGAAAGCCGCUGAAAGACAGAGUGUAGUUGGUGCUGGGCAACCAAGUGCUACAGCCAUGGCAGGUGCUCCCAGCGCAGCAGGACCGAGCGCAAACAUUGGACGAGCCUCUGGUGCUGGAGGACCGAGCCCUGCAGCAGCCACACCAAGCACGGUGGGCUAUGGUCCAGGUCCACAAACCGCUACUGGAGGGCCGAGUGCAGCUGCAUUUGUCGAUGGGGUUGUGAAAGGCGCCGAAAGCUUGCUAGCGGAAGCGGGCUCAGGUGUGGCUGGGAAUGGCGGAGUUAAUGAGAUGGCUGAGCUCGGAGGGUCCGGCUACGGUUCUGCAUUUGAAGGAAGCGCCGACCCGACAGCUGCUUUUGGUGGCGGGCCCGACCUCGGCGCUGCGUUUGAAGGAGGCGCCGACCUCGGCGUUGCUUUUGAAGGAGGCGCUGACCUCGCUGCUGCUUUUGAAGGAGGCGCCGAUCUUGAUGCAGCCAUGGGCCCUGGUGCUGGCCCAGGAACUACCGCUGGAGCGGUCGCACCCCCCGGAGUUCCUGCUGGCGCCAAUGGGGCACCCGACGUCGGCGGUGCCUCGCAAGGUGGGCCAGACUUGGGCUCUGCAUCUGCAGGUGCUGAUCCGACUGCCACUCUAGAAGGAGGAGCCGGCGUUGGAGCUGCCUUCGAAGGAGGGGCUGACCUCAACACACUGGAGGGAGCUCCUCGUGCCAGUGAAGCAAGGCCAGGUGAAGCUGAGCCUGGUGGAGAUGGAACAGCGGCGGCCAAGAGACCCACCGUAGACGGUGACACCCGCAUAGUUCCAGGCGGUGAGGGAGGGCCUGGAGAUGUGCAGGCGGGAGAAAGACCCCUCGGCGCCGGCUCGACUGUGGGGGCACCUAUAACAGGUGCAGGUGUCAUGGAGGGAGCCGAAGGAGUGGGAGAGCAAGAGGGGGGAGGCCAGGGCGAGGGGUCGGGAGGACACGGUGGCGAGCACGGCGAGUACGGCGGGGGCGGAGGUGGUGGUGGCGGCGGCGGCGGCCUCGGUGGCGAGGGCGGAGAGUUCGGCGGUGGCCAGGGCGGUGAACUCGGCGGCGCAGGGGGCGGUCAAGACGGCGGGGAGGACGGCGACAAGGGUGGUGACCGCGGAUGGGCCGAUGCGACGGGAGACCCAGAGUUGGACGAAGAGAGACCCGAGGAUCAGGAAGCUAUUGAUGGCGGCCAGCCAGCGGGGCAGUCGGCGAGCCAGGUUGGCGGCCAGACGGGCAGCGGGAGAAUGAGCGCCAGGGGUAGCACGGUGGCAGCCGCGGCCGCGGCGUCGACAACAGCGGCGGGCGCAGCGUCCUCAACAGCGGGAGCCGCAGCGUCAACGACAGCGGCAACAGAGGCGACGGCGGGGGUGACGGGAACGGGCAGCCACAAGGGCAGCGUGGACGGCGGUGAGUGCCUCAGCGAGAAGGGCUCCAAGUCGUCUAAGAAGUCCACCAAGUCGCGAACGGGGAGCGCCGCUGGUGAAGCCUGGGCCGACGCGGAGGGUCCACCCGGCAUCAUAGAGGGCGACGAGGCCGUUGAGGCCAUGGAGCGGGAGCUGGGCGCUGCGCCACUGACCGGAGAGGGCAGCGCUGCUGGGGAGCGAGCUGACGGUGCGUCGCCAGGGGCCGCGGGCGCGGGGAGCCAGGGCGCCGGAGCACAGGGAGGCGAGGCAGGCGAAGGAGGCGGGUACCCGGGCCAGGAGCUUCCCCCGCCCCCGCCACCACCCUACGAGUUCCAGUACUUCAAACCGGAGCUGGAAGAGCAGCGCGGCCCGCAGCCCGUUUUCUUCAACAGCAUGGCUGUCACGCCCGCUGUGCUGCACUCCAAGCGCUCCCUCAACGAGAUGAAACCCGCGGCGCCGUGCCACGGACGUGCUCUAAAGAUCUAUCAAGAUGAGAAGUUGAUGUGGCUUGAACAAGAGGCAGACCGACAAUAUGUUGAAUACGAGGCUAUCAAGUACUGUGACCUAGUUGAUGAGGAAUGGGACAGCAUUGCAUAUGAUGUAGCCCAGCAGAGGAAAGAAGCUUGUCCUCCUAAUGCUGAAGUCACCGGCACUGGCUGGCCGUUCGACCCGUUCCAGUCGGACAACCCGGACGCGCCGCUCCUGUCCCCCAUCGACGUGUCCCCGCAGGGCCUUGCCGAGGUCAAGCUGUCGCCCCUGGUGUACGAUGGCCACUUCAACCCCAACGCCUUGAGCCGCAUGUCCAACACGGGCGAGACAGUCGAGGUCCGCCUGCUGAACCCCCACCUGACGCCCACCCUGCACGGCGGCCCGCUGCUCGACCACUACAUCUUCGACUCGAUGCACUUCCACUGGGGCAGCGGCUCCUCGGAGAGCCUGGGCAGCGUGCAUCGCGUGGGCGGGCAGCGCUUCUGCAUGGAGGUGCACCUGCUGCACUACCGCGCCGAGUACGGCUGCAAGGCGGAGGCCCUGCGCCACCAGGGCGGCCUCUGCGUCGUGGCCUUCAUGCUGCACAUGUCGAACAUCGAGAACGCCUUCUUCUCGCGGCUGGCGCGCGAACUGUCCAAGAUCGAGACGCCCAUGUCGUGCACGCCGCUCGAGCACAACGCGCUGCUGUGCUGCGCCGAGGCCGCCGCGCCCUUCGGCUACGUCACCUACCCGGGGACGCUCAUCGGGCGCGAGGACAACAACGUGGUGUGGAUCGUGUACCCCAACCCCGUGGGCAUCUGCUGCAAGCAGACGAUGCAGUUCCAGCAGCUCCGCGCCGCCACCGACCUUGUGCCGGGUGGGGUGCUGGCGACGCACGAGGUCUCGAACAGGCCGGUGCUCAAAGCCGUGCCUCCCUGAGCGGCCCGGGGCUGGCUAUCUCUGCCCGGCCGGCUGGCAGGCCCUGCCCCUGCCCGGACCCGCGCCCAGAUAAGCGUCGGGCCGCUCCAGCGUGUCCACGGCCGCGCACCGCGCAGCCUCCGUCCGUCAGCCGUUGUCACGUGCAGAGUGUGUCCGGGGCACUCGUCUGCCACGGCCGCGCGGUCACGGCGUACCGCCGGGCGACGGGAAUGGAAAUAAAUCGGCAAGGACAACGAGCCGGCUCCUGUCGACGACGAUGACGACGACGGAUGCCUCUCAGUUCCGCGCGAGGACCGUGGCGCGAGGCGCGGCCCAGAGAGGCGCGCUCGCCGCGCUUCUGGCCGCUGCCGUUGCCGGCCGCCUGCGAGCGCUUUUUUGACGUCGUCUUUGAACUCUCGCGCCGCCGCGGCGGCUGACGCUGACGCCGAUAAGUCGCUAAAUAUUCAUUCCGUUCGGGGCGUCCCCCGGGCCGGGCGUGCUCGCGGCCUUCUCGGCGCUGCCUGGCCCUCGCCCUCGGCCCGGCUCCUUUGACCGCGGCGCCACUUGUCAUUCCGCGCGGGUACUCCGCGAGGCGCGCUCGUGACUCACGGCACCUCAUCGUCACUUUGGCCCGACAUGAUGCGGAGCGACAAGCGACGUCUGCGCGGCGCCCACGACGCGACGCCUGCCGGGCCGGGUGUGUCGUCGGCGCCUCGCCCCGCCCCCGCCCCACCACGCCCCCGCACCGGCUGUUCCGUCGCAGGAGUUCCGCUAAUCCCGAGCUGACUCACCCACCGACCAGCGCCCCUGCCACCCUUCCCCUCCCCCCUCUUCCUCUGUCUCCGCCGUGGUGGAGAUUCUGCCUGCCGCCAUCUGCUGCUACAACAGCCAGCCUCGGCCUUCCGUCGUGGCGCGGCGGGGGGGUUGCGGGGCGUCGUCGUCGCGUCGCCCAACUACUUUGCAGUAAUUAAAUUUGGCUUAAGGUCAGACUGUUUGCUUUUUGUAGUGGACUCUCGUCGGCGCCAUAGUCACUCAUUAGGCACCAGCACCA